AUGAAGCCGAUAAGGGACACCAAUGAGACGAACUCGAGGGUCAGGUUUCGAAACGCCACCAUCCGCGUGAUCGACUAUAUGAUGAAGCACCCACAGCAAGCACCAGAGUUGCGGGGCCAGAUCGAGAGCGGCCUCGUGGGCAAAACCGUGACCAAGAAUGGUAGCGGUUCGGGCUCUGCUGACUCUCCUGUCAAAAUUGAUUUGACUUGGGCUGGGAAAUCUGUCGGCAAAGUCCAUCCUAAGGUGAAAGCGGCGCAGCUGGCGGCGCUACCGGAUGGACCAUCGGAGGCCCUUCUUGAUCUCAUCGAUGAUAAUGAUGCGUACGCGAUCAAGGAUCUCUUCGCAUUUGCGUUUCAAUACAAAUCGUCUGACAGAUUUACGGACGAGAUGGGAGACAUGAGCACUUGGACACUAAUGAACGUCAGGAGGAACGCUCAGAUAGGCAUCGACUUCGGUUCUUGGAUCAAGGAUUGCGUGAACCCCGACACUGGCGUUAUCGAUUGGGAGUGCCGUCCUCUCUAUACGCCCAUUUGGGGAAAAGAGUACCUGGCGUCCGUGAGGUUCAUCAACGGCGACACCGCCUCCCCUCCGAAGGGCGUGUUCAUCGCAUACGAGUACCCUUGCAAGGACUGGUUCUCUCUCCAGCAUGGGCCGAACAAGUAUCGCAUCGACAAGAAGGGCAAGAUGCUGAUCGACCUGUACACUGGUGCUGCUGCCGAGAUCUCGGCCAGGCAGCAACAAGUUAUGGCGCUCACGAAUGGGCCAUCUCUCGUGAGUUUGGACACCCGCGAGAAGCGCAGGAGGGAGGAGGCCCUGCAGAAGGCGAGGAAGCGCCUCGCCACCAAGUCGUCCGAGUCCAUCCGCAUGCUGUCAUGGGACAAAAAGGAUGAUACUCCAUCGUGAGGUCGGGCACGCAGUUGUAGCAGCCAGCUUUGUUGCGUUGGCUAUGUUGCGUGGCUCUAGGCUGUGAGCUCGACGGUGCAGCGCGCGCGGGGUUCCAGCGCGCGCCCUCGCUCGGCCUUCUCCGCGCCGUGGCCCUCGCACUGCGCUGGUGCACAGCGCGAUCGCUCACUUCCUCC